CAAUUGAAGCGAGUUGAUCACCUGGAAGGGCAUCAAGUAGAUCAACGUCGAGUGAAAGAGCAGGAUAUACCUAGUCAGGCUACGAGGUAGGCUGUAUCGCUCAUUGUGGACGAUCCGAGUGUUUCGUUUGGCUCGCCAUCCCCCAGGUGACCUGCUACCAUGUCAUCGCCUCGACCCAUUGCUCCCGUACCUACUGGUACUUCGCCUCACCUCGCUGACCCCGGAGCAUCCCUCAACGUCGGUACACCUCCUCCUGUUCCUCAGAUCCCACCUCGAGGCUCGUUGUCAUCUGGCGCACCACGUUCCAUACCCAAUCAGUCUCGCGCUACAUCGGCCAAUGAUCCGGCCGGGAGGAGAUUGUCCAAACCAUCGACCGAGAGUCUGAAUCACAAGACCAAAUUCGCUUCAUCUUCACCUAAUCAGACCAAGGCCAGCUUUUUGAACAACGGCGGCUCGUCGAACCCAUCAGGUGCAUUGGAUCUAGCUGGUGUCUCAGGUCAAUCGACACCUCGAGCCACCAAUGGCGAAGGAUCAGAGUACACUGAAGAGGAAAAGGCCAAAGUAUUACGCCGACACUUGGUUUCUGCCGAAGAGAGGAGCUCGAGACAAUCACCUGUCGAACCGGAGAUAGGUGGCUCAGGGUCAAACAGUGAUCUUGGACCUGGUCCUGGACCUGCCUCUCGAGGCCCGAGUCCAGCACAUGCUGAAGGAUCCAACGGUAAUGGGUACGGCGCGACGGAUGAAUCGUCUCAUUUCCCUCUCCCUUUCAACGCUCCCGGAGGUGACGUGACUCAUGAGCUGUACAAAUGGCAGCAAGAUAAUGCUCGUGCUCGAUUGGCGAGAUCAGCCUCAUUUUCAGGUGUUGAUGUCGACCGAGUCACCUCGCUUGGUGAUCCAACUUUGGCGCAUAUAAAAGAACCUGGUGGAUUUAGACGGAAUUUCGUCGUCAAUCGAGCGCAGGAGCAAGGUUUGGAGCCGCCACCGGUGAUGAGGAACGUCAUUGAUUUCUUGUUCUACUACGGGCAUUUCGCCGGAGAAGAUCUCGAAGAGGACGAUGAUGAUGAUGACGAGGAUGAAGAUACCUUAGCGGUCAAUGAAGCCGAGGCUGGGAACUACCCUCGAGAUGCUAGCGUUGGGGAGCGAGCACCGCUCCUUCGGGGAAGGAGCAAGUCGAGGCACAGGAGGACAAAAAGUGGACCGCCCACAGGGUCUGCCACAGUGUCGCAAGCCGUCCUCAUGCUGCUCAAGGGAUUCGUUGGCACUGGUAUCUUGUUUAUGGCCAGAGCCUUUCUAAGUGGAGGCAUCCUCUUUUCAACCAUCGUCAUGCUUGGUAUCGCUGCUAUCUCUCUCUGGUCCUUCCUCCUCCUCACCUCGACAUAUAUCGUGGUCCCGGGCUCCUUCGGAGACAUCGGCGGAGAGCUAUACGGUAACGGUAUGCGGCUGGCGAUCUUGGCUUCCAUCGCGAUAUCCCAAAUCGGCUUCGUAACGGCGUACAUCAUCUUCAUUGCACAAAACCUUCAGGCAUUCAUUCUCGCCGUGACCGACUGCAAAACCUUUGUCGCUACUCGCUGGCUCAUUUUCUCCGAGCUCAUCGUGUUUUUGCCCCUGGCAAUGAUCCGAAAUAUCACCAAGCUCAGCGGUACUGCCCUCGUUGCAGAUGCGUUCAUCUUGAUCGGACUGGUAUACAUCGGCGCAAAUGAGAUCUCCACUUUGGUCAAACAUGGUGUCGCCCCUGAUGUCGUCCUGUUCAACUCACAAUCCUUCCCAUUGCUGAUCGGAACGGCCGUCUUCGCUUUCGAGGGUAUCGGACUUGUCAUCCCCAUCACCGAAUCCAUGAGAGAGCCUCACAAGUUCCCAAAGAUUCUCUCGGGUGUCAUGUUCGUUGUCGCUGUGCUCUUUGCUGGAUUUGGGUUCCUCGGAUACGCAGCAUACGGCAGUGACAUCAAUACCGUGGUCAUUGUCAACUUGCCUCAAGAUCAAGUCUUUGUCCAAGUCGUCCAGUGCCUAUAUUCUAUCGCCAUCUUGCUAUCGAUCCCUCUUCAGCUGUUCCCAGCUGUCCGAAUCAUGGAAAAUGGCUUGUUCUCUCGUUCGGGUAAACACAACACAUCUGUCAAGUGGCAGAAGAACCUGUUCAGAGCCGGUACAGUCGUCUGUUGUUCUCUCAUCUCGUGGGCUGGAAGUAAAGAGCUAGACAAAUUUGUCUCAUUGGUCGGAUCUUUCGCCUGCAUCCCUCUCUGCUUCAUUUAUCCUCCACUGCUUCACCUGAAAGCCGUAGCCAAGACUCGUACGGCUCGAUUCCUGGACUAUGGCCUUUUGAUCUUUGGAAUCUGCGUCGGGAUCUUCACGACGGUCCAAACGCUCAGAAGUCUGUUUGAACCGAGCGGUGCACCGGCUCAAUUUGGCAAAUGUAAAGUGCCAGAGGAUUCAUAGGUUGAAUGAAGCGGCACACUACCCUGCAUGUCAUAUACCGAGUGGUUGAAUUAAUCCAUGCAUCAAGCUGCUG